GUUUACGGUAUCUAUCUAAUUCAAGUUUUUGUGUAGAAAAUGAUGUAAACAUGCGAAAUGUUAUAAUAUUCAUUACACAAGUUAUAUAAAUUUAAGCUGUACAUAGAUUGAUUUUGGAAGAGAAUAUCUCAUUAGCUAUGGCUUUUCGCAAAAUAAGAUUUGCGUCUUCAUUGGCUCGAAAUAACGUGGAAUCACUCAAAGAAAAACGAGCCGCCCUUCUAAGUCGACUCGAUGCUCUACAGUUCCCAGAAAAGUACAAGGGAACUAUCUGGGAAAAAUGGGCCAACUAUUGGAAAAAUCUUGUCAUCGAUUAUAAAGAGGUAGUAGUGGACACGGGAAGGACCAUGCGCCAGCGCCCUAUACGUAGUGGAAUUUAUCUCACGCUAUUAGGUUCCGGCUAUUACUGCUGUGCCCACAAUCCAGACGAGACCGAUUUCCUGGAAAAAUUUCACAAGUGUGGAAACGAACUUUCUUUGGUUCAUCUUAGUUGUCAAAAUCCGGAAACGACAGCGCAUAUACUAUUCCUGCAACGAGCGUUCAAUGAAGGUAUCAUAAGACGGAUAUCACUCGGAGUCGUGUCGUUCAUCUGGUUGAGCGAUUUCGAUCGUGGAGUGACAAUUUAUAAGGCGAUAUGUCCAUACCUACAGCCAAAGUACGCGACCUUUCACGAGCGAAUUAUCGAUGUGGGAUUCAAUGAUGAGUGGUGGAUACUGAAGCAGAAAAUGAAGGAUUAUGAUAUUAACGAAGAGAAUAUUUAGAAUAAAGAUUAAUGUUCGUUACUUCCAUUGUUGAAA